CGCAGUCUCCUAGUUAUCGACGAUCAUCAGAUGCCGAUGGCGAACGAGGCUACUUCUGUGGCGAAUGUUGGGUGGUUGUGUUCAAUGCAUGUUUAAACAUUUGCGGACUCGGAGCUCGGAGCGCUCGCACCGGUUAUUAAUCAUCUUCCGAUUCUUCAGCUGGUAGUACCACGCUACCUCAACGUCAAACAACAAGUACUGCUAGCAGCUACAAAGCAGCCAAGGAGGGAACUUACUAGUUGCCAUCAUCAUCAUGACCGAUACUCCAUGGCAUACGGUAGUCCCCUUUGCAAACCCGAAACAUGCAACGAUAGCAAUGCAAGUGAUUGACGUGGAUCCAGAGCUUCAGAGAGAAGCCGUCAAACGCACUUUGACGGUGGACGGCAAUGAUCUCGUCGCGUCAUUCGCGACUUCAACUGUUCGACUGGCGAGACUGACGACAAAUGGCUUUCUGGAGAACGUAGAUCUGGUAGCCCGGACUAUUGGCGAGUUUGGAGAGAACUCGGAACGAAAACAAGGGACCUUCUAGGUGAUGAGUCAUGUGGACAACAAUGGUUUGUAAGGAAGACAUAGUUCCCUUCGACAGCCUUCAUGGUACAGAAAGAGUUCACCGAUCGCCGAACUGCGAUCGUCUACUUUACACGUAAAUUUUAUUUGGCUUCUUAUACGUCAUCCGCGUUACCUUCAGCUUCCUUUGCCUUCUUCUUACUCUUUCU